UCUCGAUUGCUUGAAACUCCUACUGCCAUUCAAUGGCAUUCCUCUGUCCCUCCGCCAUGUUCGCGACAUCCAACACCGCGAUGUCAUCGAUCAGUUCCGGGGUACUCGCGUGGGCGAACAUGUCUCGCGGGGUCAGCUGAACGGACGGACCUAGGCGCGCACAUCUUACGUCUCCGACGCACACUCGUCCCCGCUUCUCCUGAACGACGACGGCCUUCAGAAUGCUCCGCCAGUCACCCAUCUUCCUUCGGGGUCAGCGCCUGCGCCUCCCCGCCGCGUGGCGCGCGUACCACGAUGAGUCUUUCGGAUAUCGUGCGGCCAGAGUGCAUGAAGUGCCCGAUUAUACACCGGAGCAGCUGGCGAACCGCGCAGCGAAUGGGUCCCUGCAGCGCUACGCCGACAUGCUGCGCUCGCACGGGCAUCGGGCCGCGAACAUCGACCCGCUUGGCCUUGUCGCGCGCGAUCCAGUCGCCGCGCUCGAUCCGUCGCGCUACCACCUCAGCGGCGCCUACGACGUCGACGGCAUCAUCUUCGCGGGCGAGGGGCAGCAGGGACCAUGGGAGCUAAAGGACAUCGUAGAGCACCUGAACGCGGUAUACGUGGGCCGCGUCGCGUAUGAGUACAUGCACUCCCCACACAAGGCCGAACGUCUCUGGUUCAUGCGCCACCUCGAAGCGCGCGAGCAACGUCUCGCGCCAAACCGCAAACGCAUCCAUUCCCUCCUCGCUAAGAGCGAGGCCCUGGACAAGUUUCUACAGCUCAAGUUCCCCAACUUGAAGCGGUACGGCCUCGAAGGUGGCGAAUCCAUGAUCCCGGCGCUUGACUCGUUAUUCCGCGUAGCAGCGCAAGCUGGCGUUGAGCACACGGUGCUCGCUAUGCCCCAUCGCGGACGCCUCAACGUCCUUCUCGGACUGCUAGGCUACCCUCCCGCAGGCCUGUUCCGCAAGAUCAAAGGCGGCAGCGAGAUCCCGGAGGAGUUUACCGAAGGAGAGGAAGACGUUCUCGACUACCGUGCGGCUGAAGGCGACGUGCUCAGCCAUCUCACCGCAGUCAAGGAUCUGGAGUACGACGGACGUCACAUCGAGGUCGAGCUCCUGCCGAAUCCAUCUCAUCUGGAGGCCAUAAACCCCGUCGCCCUCGGCAAGGCGCGCGCCAAGCAAUACUCCCUCCUCAAAUCCUCCCCUGCCGACUGCGCUCUCGGCGACCGCGUGCUAUGCGUCCAGGUGCACGGCGACGCGAGUUUCACGGGGCAGGGUGUGGUCAUGGAGGGUAUUGGGCUGAGUAAUCUGCCGCACUAUACGACGGGGGGCAGUGUGCAUUUGGUGGUGAAUAAUAAUAUCGGCUACACCACACCGGCUCAUGGCGCGCGCUCGUCGAUGUACUGUUCGGAUAUUGGGAAGAUGGUCGGCGCGCCGGUUCUGCAUGUGAACGGGGAUUAUCCCGAAGAUGUUGAGCGCGCGAUGGAGGUCGCUUUUGCGUACCGCGAUCGCUUCCGGAAGGACGUGAUCGUGGACUUGCUCGUCUACCGGCGAUGGGGACAUAACGAGCUUGACGUCCCCGACCUCACCAGCCCGAAGAUGUACGAGAAGAUCCGCGCACGGCAGUCCGUUCCGCAGCUAUACGCCUCGAGACUAGUGGCCGACGGCACCCUCACCGCCAAAGAAGCUGAACGCGAGCGCACCGAGUACAGGGCCCAGCUCGAAGCCGAACUCGCCCGCGAGGCGGCGACGGACCCCACCACCGGCAAGCCCGCCUACCAGCCCGAGUGGAAAGCCUCGCCCGGGUGGGAGCAGAUCGUGUGGCCGGCGUCGGCGGCGGCGGUCCGCGAACCUAGCACGGGUGUCGAGGAGAGCACGCUGGCGCAGAUCGGCCGCGCGAGCGUGGCGGUUCCGGAGGGCUUUGCCCUUCAUGACAAGCUCCGGCGGCACAUCAAGCACCGUCUGCAGGCUAUCGACGCCGGGAAGGGCCUGGACUGGGCGACGGCUGAGGCAAUGGCCUUCGGCGCUCUUCUCCUCGAGGGUAACGACGUCCGCAUCUCCGGGCAGGACGUCGGACGCGGGACGUUCAGCCAGCGGCAUGCAAUGCUCGUGGACCAGCAGACGGAGCGGACGGUCGUCCCGCUGAAUGACUGGGCAGAGAAGGGCGACACGGGAAAGAAGGGCAGUGGGAGGUUGGAGUUGGCCAACAGUUCACUGAGCGAAAUGGCCGUGCUUGGGUUUGAGUACGGUGCUAGCUGGGAGCGGCCGACGCUGUUGCCCAUAUGGGAGGCACAGUUCGGCGACUUCUUCAACGGGGCGCAAGUCAUCAUCGACACCUUCAUCUCGUCGGCGGAGACUAAGUGGCUCCGGCAAAGCGGGAUAGUGCUCCUCCUGCCCCACGGCCUCGAUGGCGCGGGUCCUGAGCACUCCUCUUCGCGUAUUGAGCGGAUGCUGCAGCUCACCAACGACCCCUUCGCCUCCCAAUCCACGGAGCCGAACGUAAACAUGCAUGUCACGUUCCCGACGACGCCGGCGCAGUACUUCCACCUCUUGAGGCGGCAGAUGGCGCGCAACUUCAGGAAGCCGCUAAUUGUCGCUGGGCCGAAGGGCUUGUUGCGUCUACCGGCUGCCGGUUCCUCCCUCGCCGACAUGGCGCCGGGCACCACAUUCCAGCCAGUGCUCGACGAUCCUGCGAUCUCCGACCCCUCGAAGGUCGACCGCGUCCUCCUUGUCUCUGGCAAACUCUACUACGAGCUCGCGAAGGCCCGCGACGCGUCCUCGCCGACCACCGCCAUCGUCCGCCUAGAAGAGCUUGCGCCCUUCCCCUUCGCCCGCCUGCGCUCCGUGCUCGAGCGAUAUGCAAACGCGUCCCGGUUUGUGUAUGUACAAGAGGAGCCGCGGAAUCAGGGCGCGUGGGGGCAUGUGGCGGCGCGCGCGAGUUCGGGUGUACUUCCGGAGGGGAAGGAGCUGGAGUAUGUGGGGCGGGGUCCGAGUGCGCUGCCUGCUCCAGGUCUCGGGACGCUGUAUAAGGCGCAACAGGCGGAGAUUAUCAGGCGAGCGCUGGCGUAGGUAGGAAGAUGAAAGCAUUGCAGCGGGAGCUUUGACUGUAUCCAGAUAGAUAUACUGAGAAGCAAAGGAUAUGCAAGGAUUUGAACAUGUACAGACAGCACCUCGAGUAGGAAGCGCGGUUUUUGGAGCGGCGGUACGCUGACU